CCUAUUGUUUUGUUUUGCUUUCCUAAUUAUUGAUAAAGAUUUCCGAAAGGUCACGUAGGUUAAGUAUCUAUCAUUGCUGCAUAGUGUCGAAGAAACAUUGUACAUUACAGUCAAUUGUUUAUGAAAUAUAUUUUGAAGUGAAUACUUUAAAGUUUAAUGCAAAAAAUGAGUCGUUUGUCUGCACUUAUCGGACCGAGCAUUUUAAAUGCCGACUUGUCGAAACUUUACGCAGAAUCUCAAAAACUUCUUGAUAAUGGAGCUGAUUAUUUACACUUGGACGUCAUGGAUGGACAUUUUGUCCCCAAUUUGACUUUCGGACACCCAGUUGUUAAAUGCUUACGAGGGAAAAUUAAGGAAGCUUUCUUCGAAACUCACAUGAUGGUUUCAAAUCCUGACCAGUGGAUCGCACCAAUGGCUGAUGCAGGUGUUAAUCAGUAUACUUUUCACAUCGAACCUGUAAACAACGUAGAAGCUGUAUGUCGAAAAAUUAAAGAGAAUGGUAUGAAGGUUGGAUUAGCCAUUAAACCAGGAACGCCAGUAGCAGAUGUUGAGAAGUACAUAUCUAUGUCUGACAUGGUGCUUAUUAUGACAGUAGAACCAGGAUUUGGAGGGCAAAAAUUUAUGGAAAAUCAAAUGACAAAGGUUAAAUACUUAAGAGAACAAUACCCUUUGCUGAAUAUAGAGGUAGAUGGUGGAGUGGGGCCUUCUACAAUAGACUGUUGUGCUAAUGCUGGAGCCAAUAUGAUAGUAUCAGGCACAGCUGUUAUUGGGGCACAAGAUCAAGCUGCAACAAUCAAAUUGCUAAGAAGCUCUGUGCAAAAUGCAAUAGAAAAAUAUUCACAAUAAAUCUAACAUGUUAAAUAUCUAGGAAGAUAUCUUAUGGGACCAAGUUGUAGAUACACAAAAUAUUUUUAUAGGUUUGGUAUAUAUAAAGGUUUGUUAAAUAAAA